AUAUUAGUUGGUACUAAGGGGAGUUGGUACUGUACUACUGUGGGGGCUCUGACCAACGGCACUCCACACGCCCCUCCACACGCCCUCUGUAAAAGCAGUUGACGCCUUCACCCACAACCAAGGCAUUUCGCAGCCCACCGCCCAAGUCUAUCCCUCGCCUCUUGAUUUCCUCCUUGAUCCCUCAAAACCUAGCUUAAUUCUUCCAACACCCUGAUUUUCUUCGCAGACCCAUUUCACCAAAAUGCACGAUUUCUGCUUUACGAUCCCAUACGGAUUGAUAAUGGUGGCUGGAGGCGUCAUGGGGUAUGCUAAGAAGGGAAGCAUGGCUUCCUUGGGCGGCGGUCUGGGCUCCGGCCUUUUGCUCAUUCUAGCUGGCUUUUUGAGCCUCAAAGCUUUCGAGAAGAGGAAGAAUUCGUUCUUUGCCUUGAUUCUCGAGACGGUUUGUGCAGCUGCAGUUACAUGGGUUAUGGGGCAGCGCUAUAUGCAAACCUCUAAGAUAAUGCCUGCUGGUAUUGUUGCUGGGAUCAGUGCUCUCAUGACUGCUUUUUAUCUGUACAAGAUUGCAACUGGUGGCAACCACAUCCCUGCCAAGGCUGAGUAAUGGUGAAGAGAACCUAAUCUAAUGCUCACAUGGUAUGGUUGGGAUACAUGUUUCAGAUGAUGCUUCCAUAGUAAUGUACUGGUAUUAGACGCCUUGCCAUGUUAUAGUGAAUACUUCAUUUAUAUAUAUUGGACCAGUUGGUUUU